UUUGAUUUCGCCUUCAAAAUUCAGUAAGCAAUUAAAAAAAUAAUAAUGGGGCUUUGGAGCUAUUUUGGGAGUGUGAAAAGCUGGACAGCGGACCACAUCUGGCGACCUGUGACGCCCAUAGCACCUCAAGAAGCGGUGGUGCCGCCCAAUUUGGGCGAAGACAUACGACAGGUGGUGAAUGACAAGGGCUUCGAGAAUGCCUACGAAACGGCUGCACCAUUUCUGAUGGCUGGCUUGGGCUGCUGGCCGGGCUAUUGGAUAUUCCGAGGACUCGACUAUCACACGCACAGGGCGCACAUUCCAUUACCCAUCUACAUAAAUCAGACCUUUUAUCAGGCCAAAAUAUUGCAAUUUCUCAUCAUUCUCGCUGGCACCUUUACCGUGCUCAACAGCCAGCGCAGAAAGCGUUCGAAGAUGGUUGAAACAUAAAUUGAAAUUUCAGCUCCCAAAAGAUGCAACAGAAGCCCCCAAACAUACAUUUUGGCUACAGCUUAAGAAUGCUUCCGUUUGGAUACACCCCGCAUA